AUGGUACGGGGCAUCAAAAGCCGCUAUGACAACGAAUUUAACAACGUGCGGCAGCUGGAGGUGUCCGGGGAAUUAGCACCACGCCUUUUAGUUAACGGGACUAAACCUAAACCCACGCACGUCGGAGGUCAGUCGGCGAUAUGUCCCGAGCCGACCCCGUGCGAUAGCUAGUUCGUGUCUGGCCGAAGUGAGUGCGCAUAGAUACCUCAACUUACACGCCGCGGCCGCUCAAGCGCGCUUUCUUUGGGGCUGGCUCCGCCGCCGCCGUCGUCGACGCGCUGGCCUCGGCCUCGUCGAUCGCGCCUUUGGGUAAAUGCGGCGGCGUCCAGUUCAGCCUUCUUCCGUACAUGCAGGCGAGGUCACGCAUCUCGUCGACGCCCAUCCAGUAUAGCUCAUCCAGGGCUUUGAUUACAAUUUCACGGCUGUAUUCGCCUGUGUACGGCGGGAGACGCUUGUCCGGCGCUUGUGUGGCCUCGAAUGGUGCUAUUCCUGCGUUAUUUGGCGUAGACGUCAUACCUGAACUCGUUGCCCUCGCAAUUGAAAUUGUGUCAUGGUGCUGAAGCCGGCUCGCGAGCCCCAGCCGUAAAACGGCCCAGGAACGAGUCUAAGUAAUACAACAAUGCCUAAUUCACACGCCCGGCCUAGAACCCGCACGAGCAGCGCGACAGCCCCGGUCCACGGCUCGCCGUGCACCCCACACCGCACCGCCCCUUGCUUCCUCGGGCGCCCCCCCUCUUUUAGUAGCAGCCUCCGGGCACCCUUUCUUCUGGUGGGCGCUCCGCGACCCAGUCGCCGUAGGCCCCGACCGCGACGGUGUCGCAGUCGAUCGCCACGGAACCGCAACAACCCGUGUGGAAAUCAACCAGUGCGUCGGGUGCACCCGACGAUUCUUCACUAAGUCAUUUCUCGGUGAUAACGUGGCCGCUGGCUCCGUCGAGCGGUGAUGAACCGGCAUCGCCGCGCCAUCGAGCAGUCGCGUCGAUGGCGUUUCUUCACUAAGUCAUUUCUCGGUGAUGACGUGGCCGUGCUGGCUCCGUCGAGCGGUGAUGAACCGGCAUCGCCACGCCAUCGAGCAGGCGUCGCGUCGAUGGCGUCGAGGACGACGCGAUGAUUCAGCACGAAGGCGCCGUAAAAUUUUGAUUUCCACACAGGCAACAACACAUCACUGACGACGAUCUCGGAGGGCAGCCGUCGAGGCGAUCCACGUCGCGGUGAUGGCCAGCGACCCUCGUAACGAUGCUGCAUUCGACGGUUUAUUCUAUGCAGCCUUGCAAGGAAUGCGCCAGGCCGACAACAUUGUCAACAUCGACGAUCGGGAAAGAGCCCACGGGCAACAAGUCAUGGCGACCCUCGCUGCCGCGCGCGAAAUCGCGCUUAGGCGGCAGACCGAGAUGGAGGCCGAACCGACCGCGCCCCAGCAGCCCGAGAUGCAGCCCUCCUCCGUAGCCGCCGACCCGACGCGCUUCGAACCCGCGGUGCCGCCGACGCCCCCGAACGCGCCGGUCGCGCCGCCGAUGCAGGCCGAAUCGACAGCGCCGGCGCCGGCGCCAUCCGCGGCGGACCCUUUAUCUAGCACCGUCGGCGCGGCCGCCGAGCCGCAAGCGGCGCCGGAAGCGGCCCCAGACGUCGCCGACGCACCCGUGGUCGCGACGGUGGUGGAACCGUUCGACCCCGCGUCGCUCGAUCCCAAUGAUGAGAACUAUCUGGAGAAGCUAAAGGCCGAGUGCAAGCUGCGGGGGAUUCCGGUCACAUGCAAGGGCCGAAACUGUUCCAGGAGUGUUCUAUUAUUGAAAUUGACGAGACCGCCACCUGCUCCGCCGCCGCCGAGAAACUGGACGUGUGCGGACUGCGACCAACCCGAGUCCGAGUGUGGAACCCCGCGUCCCGCUCUUAGAACCGACGAAGGGCCAAUAUGUAGGAGAUGUUUUGACCGGCGACGUGCGUCACGACCGAAGCUCAAAAAUUUGCCACGCCUCGAGAACUGCUUGUCGUGCGCCGUGGCUUUGGGCGGCUGGCGCUACGAUGGACCGUACGGCAUGAGGACGGCCUGUAGAUCGUGCUGCGGACGUUUUAGAUCUGGGCGACCUCCAUUACCGCCGCUCGAUGAGUGGUUCUGCACAAACUGCGGCCGCAACCAUGACGAAGCCGGUGGGAUAAAAGACGGUCCAGAUGGCCAGUCGACGCUCUGCGAAGCCUGUGGCUCCGCGACUGCAAAUUUUGAGGCACGGCGAAACAAGCAGCGCGUGGUGACGUCCGAGAUGUACCGCGACCUACAAAUAGCCAUCGACGAGCGCGAGCUCAAACUCGCCGAGCUCCGCGCCAAUCAUUCCGCUUUGAGCCAGGAAGACGCCGUUGCGGCCGCGGCCCUCGUGGACGCCGAGGCCGCCAACAACGAAGAGCUCGCACGCUUAUCCCUCGACGAAGAUAUAGCUCGGGCGUCAAGAGCAGCCAAAGCUUCUGAACUAAAAAAGCAGGGCGAGGGCAGCGAUUUGGAAGGAGCGGUGGAGCCUCAGACCGAGAUUGAUCAUCCCCAGUUCCGGAACGUGGUGGAGCAGCACUUCAUGCUGAAACAGAUAGCAGACUCAGAUGUGGCAAAGCUUCCGAAAGCCAUUAUAAGCCGCCUCGACUUCCGAGACCCGGAAAACAGCUUGUUUGACGAGUGGGUGUGCCCGAGCUGCCUCGACCGCGACUGCAAAGGGCCACAGCGCGUGUUCGUCGAAGGCUUGCUUAUACCUAUCUGCGAGAAGUGCGCGUCCGCGGCAGCGCACUAAUCAGAUUUCGCGGCACCUUCGCGCGUCGACGCCCACGCCAUCGCGGCGACGUUUUUACCGCGUCGACGCCCACGCCAUCGCCGCGACGUCUGCUCGAUGGCGAGGCGAUGCGAGGCUCGCGCCGUUCGAUUCAGUCACGCACGACCGCGUCGUCGCCGAGGUAUGAGAUUCAACGGUACCGCACAGGCUCACCGAUCGACGGUCCAAGGAAGCGCUGCGGCCGGUGCCCACCGAAGGUAGUACUUUGCGCCUCGAACCUCUAGACGACGGCAACACGUUCCACGACAGAGGUAUGCUCGUUGCUGCGCUUGAAGAAAUCUCGACAGACACAGAUAGGCCGGCCGAUGAACUCUCGAAGCGCGCUGUGGAGCUGUACCGUGCUACGUAGUGUAGAACUCAACCAGUGACGGACGUACAAUACUUUUCACCUCGCAGGCGGCGCGCCCCUCGCCAAAUCCCAAAACAGAAUGCGUACUAAAAUCAUCAACACCAUGAAUUUGCCGAAGCUCAAUCUGAAGGCUGAGAAUGAGACCAUUGCGUUCGCGAAGCCCUUGGACGGCGUCGACACCUCGGUCGUCUCCGCGACGUCCGCGGACAAGGGCGUGAUGGCGAACGUGGCUUAUGCUUUUCUGCUGGCGGGCGCGAAUGCGUGCAGCAUGUGUGAGGUGACGUCCGAAUCGUACGGCUGCGGGCGGGUGCGCGAGGUGCAGCUCGACGAAGGCCGAGUGCUCGAUAGUUUUGACACCAUCUUCGGCGCCGCCGGAUGCAUUGGCAGAGACGAGCUCAAUGAAUUCGGCGACUUGAAGAAGGUCGCAGCAGUCAUCACCAAAUGGGCCAAGGUCUCCGUGAAACGACGUAAGCGUCCCGCGUCCUCAUCCGUACUUUUCGGUAAGUCGUCUUCGCGCAGGCGGCCCCCAUGUUGCGCAGCGCGCCUGGGCUGAGGCAGCGCGUCAUGCCGCGCACCACGGCGAAGAACAGGCCAUUAUCAAGGUCUUGCUACGUGGCGUCGAUACUUACAUCGCCGCGUCUUUGUACCACCCCGCCUGCAAAUAUUGUUUGAACCUCCUCUCUGUUCUCGGCGUCGUCUCCAACGAUACACCUAUACCAGUGCCUCUCCUGCCGCCGGGCCUCGCGCCAUCCAUGUCCGGCAGCGUGUACCACGGGCGAGUUGAGGGCUGCGCCGAGCAGAUGUUAUGCGACGAGUGCGGCGCGUGGCGCUUUGUUCCACGCAAUCUGGAAGCGACACUUAAAGCUAAGGAUCAGUUCUUCUGCAGAGACGUGUCCGACCUCGCGUGCGCGGAGCCGAGCCACGCUUAUGAUGAAGACAUUCGCUCGAAACACAAAGCAAAGCCCCAGGAGUCCUGCCUCCAUUUUUACCUGGAAAUGCUCCCGGACGGCUGGCGCAAUAAGCUCAAACCUGUGAUCCGCGACCAGAGGGAUGUCUUCUAUACCAUCGACGACAUGUAUAGGCAGCGCACCACACAAUACAGCAUCUUCCCGGAGAAGCGCUUCAUUUUCAGGUGCUUUCAAGAGACGCCAUUAGAACAGGCUAGAGCGAUCAUGAUUGGCCAGGACCCUUAUUACAAUAAAGGCGAAGCGAACGGCCUCGCCUUCUCCGUCGACGAGCACACGAGCAUCCCACCUUCACUGGGCAACAUGUUCGCGUUGUUGGAGACGGACGUGCCCGAGGCGAACGUUGACAUCCACAUGACGAACGGUGACCUUACCAAAUGGGCGCAGCGCGGCGUCUUGUUGUUGAAUAGUGCACUUACGGUGAAGAGUGGCGAUCCAGGGUCGCACAGCGACAUGUGGCGCAUCUUCACGAAGGAAGUCAUCAAGAUCAUCUGCAAAUUCAGGAAGAAGCAGGGCAUCGUGUUCAUCGCGUUGGGCAAGAACGCUCAGGAACACAUCAAAGACAUCGACACGACGGUCCACCGCGUCAUCACGGCGUCGCACCCGUCGUCUAGAGCGCGGUUCUCGGGGGCCGAGCCGUUCGCCGCGUCGAACAUCUUCUCCAAGACGAACGAAGCCCUCAAAGAGCUCGAGCUCGAGCCCAUCGACUGGAGCUUGUAG